AUGCAGAUGACCCUUCGAGCUUGUCUGAUGUUCGGUCUUCGAUCCUGCCUGGGGCAAGACGAAGAUCUAGCAAAAGAGUGGAAGAAUGAACAUGAAGCAGACAACGAACCAGCUAAUGAACCAACUAAUGAACUUUCAAUUUACGUUCACCAACCGAAAUUUAUAGGCUGUGCUAAUAAUGGAGGGAACAUAUACGGGGAAAUAAGUGUGGCUGAAAAUAUAGAAAAUUCGAGUAUAGUUAUGACUAACAAAAGAAAUCAAGAAGAGAAUUUGGAUGACGAAGGUGAUCGAUCAUGCAAACGUAAACGUAAACAAGGGAACGAAGAUGAAACCGAACAGCCACGAACACCAAAAAAUAAGCAUGAACAGGAUUUAGAAUCAAGUAAUGAUUCGUAUUUUAGUUCUGAUGACGAGAUCCAAGAUAAUAGAUAUGUGUCUCCAACAUAUUCUCUAGAAGAUCCUUUCACCGAGGAUACUGAAGACGAAAAUGUCGUUAUUACUAAUAUUCCUCAGAAUUUUUCAUUAUCAAAGAGUUCAGAAUCCGAUUUGUUUGUAAAUGGUGUUAAUAUAUCAGAAAAAUUUAGAACAUAUAUUAACGAAUCCAUAUUACACGCUAACAACAAAGGCCUGUACGUUGAAACACACUCUCACGAAAUAUUAUCAUUAUCGUCAAUUCUUGUGCUCAUACCGAACUCUUACUCCACUAAGAUGGUAGAAUCGUUUGGUUUAGAUGUACUAGAGUCAAUUUACAGAGAAUAUACACCAAAAUUAUCUAUACAACUGGAUAUAGAGAUCGAAAAUAUGUACAGGAGUGUGGUUAAAACGUGUUUGAAUGAUUCGCGUAAUAAUGCCAUUAAAUUAUUAUGUGCAAAGAUUGUACAAAAAAAUGAAUUGAUGAAUAAUUUCUGCUUCCUAAUCUUAGACUUGAUAAGAAAUCUUCCAUAUGAUAAGAUAAGGAAUGAACCAAGUGAAUUAACGUUGAUAACAAACUAUUUGGACAACAUUAUGAAAAACGCGUUCCAUAUACCUGACAGACACGUAGUCCGAUGGCCAAACACGGCCUUAACAGAAAGCAAAGUACGAAAAUUUGAUGGAUCUAGGGCGAAGCAACCAGAUUUUGUUGUUUCAGUCAACUAUCAGUCUCGGGCAUCAAACGUGAUUUAUGUUGGUGAAGUAACUGGGCCAUCUGAGCAAGGAAACGUAUAUAAAAAUUGCCUUGAUUUAGUGAGAAUUGGAAUUUUUAUGAAAGAUUGUAUGGAUUCGGCAGUUUCACAAGGGGCGGAGAUCAAGAUAUUAGGAUUUCAAUGCAUUGCAUAUAGAAUAGAUUUUUACAUGCUUGAUCUAAGAGGUGAUGGACUUUACACGAUGAAUCAUAUUGCGCAGAUAUCAGUACCUGCAACGAUUAAGGACAUAUAUAUUUUAAUAGAUGAAAUUUAUAUUCUAUUAAAUCUACGGGCUAUAUUGUUGGAGUCUUGUGAUACUUUUAUUGAAAAACUUAAAAAUCCGGGAUUAGCUCCUUUAGAACUCAAAUCAUCCUUCAGAAAACAAACGUUAGAUACCCCUGAAUUUAGAAGACUUGUUAGCAAAACUCAUUGCGUCAAAAGGGAAUGUCCAUUGUGGUUUGGAAGAUAUUAA